GGAUCCAACCGUGGGGUCACGCCAUCUGGUGCAUUAGUAAUCCCCCCAAAGCCCCUCCUCCGCCUCCGCCGCAAUCUGGGAUCUUCAUCUCCAGGAGAUCUUGCGUCUUCUCUAGAUCCCCCUGCUUGUCAAUUCCACCGUUUUACCCAGGGAUCUGAUUGUCUUUGGUCCGACAAGUCCUGUCUGAACCCCUUCGCAAAUCCUCUCUCACAAUGGCCGACUCCGUCUACUCGAAUUACCCUCCCCACCUGAACCCCGCACAGAAGGAGUUUCUUGUCCGGUCCAUCAAGGAUUGGACCGUCCAACAUGGGUUGAUGAUUCGCCCCGCCCCGACGUUUAUCUCUAAGGAGACGGAUCCUCAGGGCGUGGUCGCCACCAGCGCACCCGUCACCCUAUUCCCCAGCCCUUUCCCCAAGUCUUGCUUCGAAGAGGCGCGGGCCCUCCAGACGGUCUACAACCAGCUCUACGCGGCGAUAACGUGCGAUGAACAAUGGAUUGGAGACAUCAUGGAAGACCUCAUCGACGUGGACGAUUUCAUCUCGCACCUGUGGAAAGUCCACCUCGCGGUUAAGGAGGAAGGAUACGCUCAGACGCUCUCCCUUGGCCUCUAUCGUUCUGACUACAUGCCCCACGUCCCGUCGACAUCGACUCCCCCGUCCUUGAAGCAGGUCGAAUUCAACACCAUUUCCUCCUCUUUUGGUGGAUUAUCGUCUCUCGUCACGUCCCUCCACACCGAGCUUCUCAAUUCACCACCGGGUCACCCCAUUGCGUAUCCCUCGCAUCCUCUCCUCGAUUCGAACCAACCCCCCGAGAAUACUUCCGUGGAGACCCUGUCCGCGGGCUUAGCGGCAGCACACACAGCCUAUGGGACAUCAAAGUCAUCUCCAGCCCUUCCUACCUGCAUCAUCUUUGUCGUCCAGGAAAACGAAAGAAACGUGUUUGAUCAAUUGGCUCUCUCGAGGCAGCUAACCAAGGUUCACAAGGUGCCUGUCUUCCGCCUGCUCAGCUCCGAGGUCUUCGAUCACACGCACAUUCCUGCCUCAAAUCCCUCCCGGCCCCUGAUCUACCGGCCCCCUCACGCCGACGGUGUGGAGUUCGAAGUCACAACGGUAUACCUCCGCUGCUUCUAUACCCCGACAGACUACAAAUCCGAACGAGACUGGGAGGCCCGCACGCACCUGGAGCGUUCCGCAGCCAUCAAAUGCCCGACCGUCCUAAACCAGCUUGCCGGGUGUAAAGUCGUGCAGCAGGUGCUCGCGGAAGAAAAGGGGCCGGAUCAUCUUGCCAAGUUCCUUUCUGGAACCGAUUCAACCACGAUCGAGAGGCUACGCGCGACUUUCGCCCCCCAACAUGACCUUUCGUCAAGUGGUCGUGGUCGGGAGCUUGCCCUGAACCCCGAAACCGCCGCGAAUCAUGUGCUCAAGCCCCAGCGCGAGGGAGGUGGCAACAACAUAUACAAGGAGGCUAUCCCCGAGUUCCUGCGAUCUCUCCCUGAGACCGAAUGGAAGCGAUGGAUCCUGAUGGAGCUGAUCCAGCCGCCAGCUGAAGCCCAGAACGUGGCUCUGCGACCGGACGGCGAGGUGCUUAGCGGGCAUGUCAUUGGGGAACUGGGCAUCUAUGGGACGAUUCUUUGGGACCAAGCUGGAGGCAAGGUCUUGCACAACGAACAGGGAGGCUGGCUCAUGCGGACCAAGGCCAAGGACGUGAACGAGGGUGGUGUGGCCACCGGAUUCUCCAGCUUAGACAGUGUGGUUCUGUACUAGAUUCUCAUCGGUCACUUAGAGCAUGCUUAUAGAUUAUAUAAAAAUACACCGAAUCACUUUUCAGCCC